ACUUCGCAUGUCAUUAUCAUAGUCGGUUUUUGGUGUGGAAAUCAUGUUAACGCUGUUACAGCUUUAACUCUGUUGAACUAUAUGUUUGGCGGCAACAUUGGAAAAGGAAACAAUUUAUACAUUCGUCGCAACACCCCAACAACAGAAACUUCAGAAUGAGUGUGGGGUUCAUCGGAGCGGGUCAGUUGGCCCAUGCCUUGGUGAAGGGAUUCAGCGCUGCAGGUGUCAUUGCCACACAGAGGAUCACUGCCAGCUCCCCAGACACAGAUCUUCCCACAGUGUCUGGACUGCGAAAAAUGGGUGUCAAUCUCACGACCAGCAACAAGGAGGUGGUGAACAAGAGUGACGUUCUGUUUCUGGCUGUCAAACCACACAUCAUCCCCUUCGUGUUGGAUGAGAUCGGACCGGACAUUGAGGACCGCCACCUCAUUGUGUCCUGUGCAGCUGGUGUCACCAUCAGCUCCAUUGAGAAGGUCAGUUUGGAGUCCAGUGGAAGUCGACUUUAGCUAGAGCUUUCUCUC